AUGUCAUCUAUUUAUAAAGCUUUGACAACCAAGGAUAAGAAAUCUGGUGAUAAAAAAUUCACCGAUAAACAAUUUAUUAAUAAGCAACGUACUCUUUUGAUUUCUUCUAGAGGUGUUAAUUAUAGACAUCGUCAUUUGAUUCAAGACUUAUUCUCUUUGCUGCCACAUUCCAGAAAAGAACCAAAAUUAGAUACUAAAAAAGAUUUGAAUCAAUUGAAUGAAAUUGCAGAAUUAUACAACUGUAACAAUAUCUUGUUUUUCGAGGCUAGGAAGCAUCAAGAUUUAUACCUAUGGUUAUCUAAGCCACCAAAUGGACCAACUAUUAAAUUUUAUAUUCAAAAUUUGCAUACUAUGAACGAAUUAAACUUUACUGGUAACUGUUUAAAGGGUUCCCGUCCUGUUUUAUCUUUUGACAAUAGAUUUGAUACCUCUCCACAUUAUAAGUUAAUUAAGGAAUUAUUGAUCCAUAAUUUCGGUGUUCCGCCAACUGCUAGAAAGAUUAAGCCUUUUAUUGACCAUGUUAUGUCUUUCAGUUUGGUUGAUGAUAAAAUUUGGGUUAGAACAUACGAAAUUUCUCACUCUGCUAGAAAUAAGGAUGAGUACGAAGAUACCACUGAUGAUUUAUCAUUAGUUGAAAUUGGUCCAAGAUUUGUAAUGACAGUCAUCUUGAUUUUAGAAGGCUCCUUUGGUGGUCCAAAAAUUUAUGAGAAUAAGCAAUAUGUAUCACCAAAUGUUGUAAGAGCUCAAAUGAAACAACAAGCUGCUAAAGAAGCUAAAUCAAGAUCUGAUGCCGCUGUUGAAAGAAAAAUUAAGAUGAGAGAAAAUGUGUUAGCUGCCGAUCCAUUGUCAAACGAGGUACUAAUGAAAGAAUAA